UUAAAAGAGAGACCUGCAUUUGUUCCACAAUCAGCCGAGAGAUCAGCAGAUUUGUUGUCAGCCUAGAGAUACACUGAGGAGACCAAGGACUGAUUAUGGACAAAACAUUUGCUGAACCUGUGCAAGCUGAAGAUGUGACUGUGAAAAAUGAAAAGAUUACAGAUGAUACAUCUGACAAAGAAUUUGUUUUCGUCCUUGAUGACACGGAGGUAUACACGGAGCUUUGUUGUAUGAUGGAAGCACGUGAGGAAGCACGUGAGGAUUACGAGGUCGCAAAAGUAGAGGAAUGGUGCACCUUCGUAAACGACACCAAGUAUACAGUGAUGAUAACUGAUAAGGAUGGAACACGACCCUUGAAACCUGGAAAAUCAACAAUAAACCUCGACAUCCCUGGCUUUGAGCUGAUUCUUGUCCUGAAGCUACCGAAGAAAGACGCGAAGAUCGUAUUUCCCUCGAGUGGAUUUAAUAACUCCAGGCAGAAAAUUAGUCAGAUCUUUGCAAAUGAAAUCAAUCAGAAUUAACUCAAGCAGUGGUGAACUGUGGUCAGUGCGUGUCAAAGAAAUAUUUCCAUGACUUCUUCUACUUACGAAUCAGUAGAAGACGAGUUUCUCUAUCUUGAUUUAUUAACCUUAAAUGGUAAAUAAUGCUGGAAUGGAACAAUCUCUUAGUUAAUUCAAGAACGAACUUUUCCAAACUAGUUGAGGAGACGCUCUAUAAUUAUAAGACUUGGUUUUUAUGCAUCCAUGCGGAUGUGUGUGUGCUUUUCUUUUUUUAAACAAUUUGCCUAACUUGAAAGAAAACAAAUUAGAUAUUGAUUGUAAUUCCAGAUUGUGUAUCAUGUAUGCGAAUUAGUUUACCAAAAACAGAGUGAUCGUUUCUUGCUUUGGCAAUGCGUUUUCAAAGUUGUCUUUUAAUUUGAUGAGUGCUUGUCAACUUACGACUCAUUUAAUAUAAAUAGGUCACCAUUGGCUUUCAACUGUCCAACUGUUAUGUACCGGGUUAGAUAUUGCACUUAAGAUUCACUGAGUGUUGGUCUACAGAGUUUUAA